AUGGCGAACGGGGAGCUGGACGAGGAGAGCCUGCAGGAGCUCUACAGCUGGGUGGAUGCCAUCCCCCUGUCCCGCCCCAAGAAGAACAUCACCCGGGACUUCAGCGACGGAGUUCUAGCAGCAGAAGUGGUGAAAUUUUACUUUCCCAAAAUGGUGGAAAUGCACAAUUAUGUCCCAGCUAAUUCAAUGCAACAGAAACUCUCCAACUGGGGACAUUUCAACAGGAAGGUGCUGAACAAGCUGAAUUUCUCCAUCCCGGAAGAUCUGAUCCGGAAGAUCGUACAGUGCACGCCUGGCAUGGUGGAGCUGGUGCUGCUCCCACUGCGGCAGAAAAUCGAGGAGAAGCAGAAGCAGAGCAAGGUGGCGUCUGGCACAUAUCAGGAGCUGGGCACACGCUAUGCACUCCAUGAGAACGGCCAUAUGGAAACAGGCUAUUCGUCGAAGCCAAAGACCAAUGCCGCAGGGAUCUACGUGCAGCAGUCCCCACGAGCGGAAAGGAUGAACAAGGGCCAGCAAGGCUAUGGCCAGGCACUGCCGGGAGACACCAGCUUUCGCAUUCAGUUAGCGGAGAGGGAGCAGGCUCUGCUGGCUUGUCAAGAGACGGUCCAGAUCCUGCAGAUGAAGGUGCGGCGGCUGGAACACCUGCUCCACCUGAAGAAUGUUCGGAUUGACGACCUCACGAGGCGCCUACAGCAAGUGGAGCAGAAACAGAAAUGA